GACAACAAUGAAGGCUUAAGAUGGGAGGUCUUAAAGAAGGCAUGGAAAGGUAAACCUUCCAAGUAUUGUUUGGGUUAAGGUUAUUGACAUUGCCCACUGUCAAAAAGAAGAGAGAGUCUACAGGAAAGAGAUAAAUGAGUCGAGGUGUUUAAUGUUGUACAACACUGCUCUGACCAUUGCUUUGUGACUUUGUGAAUACAUCUGGAUGUAAAAAGACUCCACCCACCAGCUCUCACCUGUGCUCUCAACUGCUUCCGAUGGCAAAGCACGAAAGGGACUCCCCUCCUCCUCCUUAUUCAUCUGUUGCUGUGCACACUCAACUUCCCCAUGGGCCUUAUGGAGGUCAGGUAAUACAUGGCUCUGGCCUGGCUGUCCCAACCAGACCUCAUUACAUCCCUCAGUAUGCACCGUAUGUGGCAAACCCUCCAAUCACACAGGCCAUCCCACCUCCCAGAAAGAAAAAAAAUUGCUGCGAAAGUAAUGCGCAGUGUUACAGGGGUUCAGGGGCGGCUGUGCUGUUGCUUGCAGUCCUGGGAGUGGCCAUUUGGUUAGGAGUUCGUUAUGGCACCAGAACAGCAACGACAAACUUCUCAGGGGAAAAGGUUGAUGAGACUGAAGGUGGUGGAGAUACCCCUUUGCCAGAAUAUGACAACUGUUCGAACAACACUGUCCAAUGUGACGCGAUAAGAAACUGCCAACUGGGUACCGAUGAAACAGAUUGUGUGAGGUUUGGUCGGGACAACGAUCUGCAGGUCAGGACAGCUCAAGAUGGCCGAUUCCUUCCUGUGUGUUACAAAGGCUGGGAUGACAGCUAUGCUGAUCAAGUGUGCUCUCAGCUUGGAUUCAGACGAUCUUAUACGAGCAAAGGAAUUCAAUCUCAGCAGACAACAGCUUUAACACUGACCAGCAAAUCAUCUUCCCCUAUCCAGGGUCUGGUAAAUGUCAGUUCUUCCUGUCCAAAUCAGGAGACUGUCUCCCUGCAGUGUGUGGACUGUGGUAAGCAGCAGUCGACAUCCAGGAUCAUUGGGGGCAGCGUAGCUAAGGAGGGACAGUGGCCGUGGCAAGUAUCGCUUCACUACAGAGGAAGCCACGUCUGUGGAGGAGUUCUGAUCUCCCCAGAUUUUGUGCUGUCCGCUGCCCAUUGUUUUCCAAGCUCGGCGGCUCUCUCUCCAGGGAACUGGAAAGCGUACGGGGGAUUUGUAUCUUUAGAUGGAUUACCUCAGCCUUACCUGGUUAAGAAGAUCCUUCUCAAUGAGAACUACAACAGCAAAACAAAUGACCAAGACAUUGCUCUACUCAAACUUACAUCUCCAGUUACUUUUACUGAUAAAGUUCAACCAGCCUGUCUGCCAGCUUUAAACCAGCAGUUUAUCCAGGGAACGAAAUGCUGGACUUCUGGCUUUGGAACCACUGAGGCAGGCUCAGGGACGGUCUCCAAGGAUCUUAUGGAAGUGACCGUGGACCUCAUUGACACAACAGUGUGUAACAGUCGGAGUGUGUAUGAUGGUGCAGUGACCAAGAACAUGCUCUGCGCUGGAAACUUGGAGGGGGGCAAAGACUCCUGUCAGGGGGACAGCGGCGGACCUCUGGUGUGUAAAGGAGAGAGCCGCUGGUACGUGGUGGGGAUCACGAGCUGGGGAGUUGGCUGUGGUAGAAGAAACAAACCGGGAGUUUAUGCCAAAGUCAGUCAACUUCUGACCUGGAUCCAUCGCACUAUGCAGCUAGAGAGACCUUGAUUUCAUCUCCUCUCCUACUGGCGUUUUGAUUCACAUCUUCCCCAAUAAAGACUGUUUUAUGAAGUAAUCAUGGAUUGAUAGAUGAGCAGUCUUUCACAAGGAAGAAUGAAUCCAUGACGACACACUGCUGACAGAAGAAUGUAUAUGGUGGAACUGAAGCAUGGACAAACGUACAGGUUGCACAGAAAUAAUUUUGUUUUAUAUGCAGUAUAUAACGCUAAACAUUAUAAAAACCAUAUUCAUGCACUGAGCUUUGUCUUGUGUUUGGGAUUUGAUUGUGUAUUUUUUGUUUCUUGGUUUUCUCCUCAUACUAGGAUGAACGUUCGUUCGUUCGUUUACUGAGCUUAAAAGAUACUUACGUCUCUCUUGCUUUAUCCAAUUUGAGUCAAUGACACACCAUCAGAUAAACUGUGAUCUUUGUGAUUAAUGUAAGGGUAAAAACCUUUACAUUUCUGAUUCAUCAUAUGCGUUCUUUUUCUGAGUAUCUUCUGUUUUCAAUGCUUUAUGAGAGAGAAGAAGAUACUUUACACACUUUAUUAGCUACUGGCACCUAAACAUCCACCUAUACUUACAGUGUGAUUUAAACCAAAUAUUUUCAGAAGUUUACCCUCUUACAUAAUAAGCCACGUAUGUAUUCUUUUGCUUUUGUUCACGUACAUAAAUCAAUAGUUUGACCUACGUGUAUGGAGUUGAAGAGAAUUAUACAUUGUGCAAUAAUAAUAAAAAUCGCAAAAAUCUUUGUUAGAUUUUAUUCAUGUGUGGACAUAAUUCCCAUCUGUGGAGGGUGUGUGCACAGAAGGAGAGAGAGAAAAACCGGAGCCACAAAGAGGAUUCAACGCACUGAUUAAGAAGUCACUCCUGGAGCCACACUGUUCCCCAUCACCUCCCUUCCCCCUGCAGAAGUACACUGACAGGGACAACAUAUUGACAGAUGAGAAUUAUUUCAUCUAAAUCUAUGAGACGUGGAGACAUAUUUUCCUGAGCGUGGAUAGUUUGUUGGCCAAAUGUCUACUGGUGAAACAAAGGCAGUUACCAUGGAAACUGUUUUGCUCUUCCUCUCUUCACUCCUGGUAUGCGUGGCUGCUGAAACAGACCCCAGUGCAAAGGAUGACAAAGCAAUAGUUGAAAAUCCUUUUAUUUACGACUACGAGAGUUUAAGGAUUGGAGGGUUGGUACUUGCUGUGGUUCUGUUCACUCUGGGCAUUCUCUUAAUCCUUAGUCGGCGAUGUCGCUGCAGCAUCAACCAGAAGCCCAGGGCCCCCGGGACUGAAGAGGUACAGGAGGAGAAUCUGAUCGUCUCCAAGGCUGCAGCAGCUGCCAAAGAGACUCCAGCAGAGAACUGAAACGGUGUCACAGGACCGCGAUCCCCCUCUGAAAUGAUGACCAGUUUUUAGGAUAUUUAGCCACUUUAAUAAUACUGAUGUAACUGAAGAUUAUUGUAACUGGUUAUGAGACAGGGUAAGAAAGGAAGUAUAUUUAGGGGUAUAAUGUGUACAUAGAUCUUGUGUUAGUUGUUUAUUUGUUGUGAGUAUGCCAGUAACUUUGUGCUGUUGUCUUCUUGUGCCUUUUUGUGACAGAUUCUCAUUGACAAAAGAUUGUCUUUGAUAUCCUAGAAACAUUUUUGAAUGGUGUGGGGUCUGCUGUUCUUUUUGUACACGUAUUGAUUCACUUAAGGUUACAGGAUUUGUCAAUUUGUCCUUUGUUUUGUUUCUUGUCCUGGGUAAUAUUUGUCACGUUUGAAAAUAUAAAUAUAGAUAGCUCGUAUAUGAGACCUGUUGUUACAUGUCUUCCAUUCACAUUGAUGUUUGAAUGGUUGUGUGUUGUUUGGGUGCACACAUAGAUGCUAUUGUUUAUGUGCAUGUAUAUCGUGUAUAUGUUUAACUGUGUACCCAUCACAGGUGCGUGUGUAUCUCUUCAUGUAGAUGUGAUGAACCUUGUAUGAGACAAUCUCAGCUGCCACAGCUCUCUGAGUGAGCAUGUGAGUAGUUUGCAGGUACCAACAUGGGCUCCUCCACCACAGUGUUUUACCAUCUGAGGUGGAGAGAGCCCCCACAUCAGCUGUCUCACUGCCUUUUUCUCUGCAUUUCUGCUCUACUGCUGCAUCACUGGCCCCCUCAAAAUUAAUUACUCUUUAGAAGGCUAUGAUUACCUUCCCGUCUCACACUCACUACUGGCAUAAGUCUGUGAGGUUGGGGUAACUUUCUUUAUUUUGUUGUUUGGUUAUUAAAUUUUUUAAUUUUCUUUCUUAUGUUGCUAUGUUAAGAAUAACAAAGAUGUUCUUAAUAACAAAGAUUUUCUGAUAGAGAGACAAAGCCUGGGUGCUGAUUUGAUAGAGGCGAGAUCUUGAAUUGAUAUUAUAUUUCUGUCAGACUGAACUGAUAGCAGGACAAUGUAAGCCAAAUAAAUCCAACAUUCCUUGUGAAUCUGCCUUCAGCUCUAACUUUAACUGUUUAGAUUCUGACUGCUGUACAUGUGAACAUACAUUCCACGCAUGAGGCCUUGUUGUGUAACAGCCUGUUGUGCUUUUGGCAUAAAUUAAAAUGUGUUUAAAAAGA